AUGGCAAAUUUGAAGGAAAUCUUCAAACGAAGAAAAAGAAACGCGGAUGAGCAUGAACAUUCAGAUGCUAUAAAUAUGAAAAUAUUUAAAACCAACGCUCAAGAACAUUUUGCUAUAGAAGAGACUAAUUUAGGACAAAGUGAAAAAAUUAUCACAGAAUUGGAAGAAGAAUCAGAGAAAUGGUUCGAUAUUGAAGAACUAUCACAAAGUAACCUGCUUUCUAAGAAAAUUUUUGAUAAAUUAGCGGACAAGUUGCCUUCGAAAACGAAUUGUAAGAAGCUAGAUUUGAUCUACAGUAGUUUUAAUCAUGGUUUCAGCCUUCAGACCCUUUAUAGACGCAGCAGAUCGUGGGCAUUGCGUACGGAAGCGUUUGACGAAAUAACUCCUAGUAUUCUAGUUAUUUCCGAUUUUGAGGACAAUGUAUUUGGCGCAUUCAGUACUUCACUUCCAAAAAUCCGAAGUCAUCGUUUUAUCGGCACCGGAGAGUCAUUUGUGUUUACGCUAAAACCGAAACUGACUAUUUAUUCAUGGUCUGAACGAAACGAGUACUUUAUGAACUGCGGUAAAGAUUAUUUAACCAUAGGGGGUUCUAAUAAAAGUAAAACUCUGAAUGAAACUGAACAACUAGGAACGGCGCUUUGGAUCGAUGAUGAUUUAAAAUUCGGCAGAAGUAUGAAAUGUGAAACUUUUAAUAGUGAUAUAUUGUCAUCGGAAGAGGAUUUUAAAAUAGCAGAGGUUGAACUGUGGACUUUUAAGUAG